AUGGUCGAAAGUCUGAUUAAGCAGGGUAAGGCAUAUGUUGAUGACACACCAAAGCAGCAAAUGAAAGAUGAGAGAGCGGCCGGCACACAAUCAAAACGUAGAAAUAAUACUGUUGAGGAAAAUCUGUCAUUGUGGAGAGAGAUGAUUAACGGAACUGAAAUUGGCAUGCAGUGCUAUGUACGAGGUAAGCUUGACAUGCAGGAUCCUAACAAGGCACUCCGGGAUCCUGUUUACUACCGCUGCAACACUGAUCCUCAUCAUCGUGUUGGUUCAAAAUACAAGAAAAUCUUACCAAGGCAUAAGAAAUAUGAGGGUGCUGGAAACAAGGCUACAACUUUCACAAGCAGAAUUUGGUUAGAGUAUGCUGAUGCAACAGUCCUAAUCACCGGUCAGGAAGUCACUUUGAUGGAUUGGGGCAACACCAUCAUUAAAGAAAUCAAGACAGAGAAUGGAAUAAUUACUCAACUGGUUGGUGAACUCCAUCUUGAGGGGUCAGUGAAGUUGACCAAGCUGAAGCUAACUUGGCUGCCUGAUAUUGAAGACCUCGUAUCUCUAUCUUUGGUCGAAUUUGACUACCUAAUUACAAAGAAAAAGUUGGAAAAGGAUGAUGACUUUGUUAAAUUUAUUAAUCCUUGCACACGCCGAGAAACUUCGGCUCUUGGAGACCCAAACAUGAGGAACCUCAAACAGGGAGAGAUCAUACAGCUUGAAAGGAAAGGGUACUACCGAUGCGAUGUUCCAUUUAUUCGGCCAUCCAAACCCAUUGUUCUUUUUGCAAUACCAGAUGGCCAACAGCAGCCCCCAGCAAACUAGGAGUCCAGUAUGAUUUCUGGAGCACAUGAAUUACACGAUACAGUUUGUUAGAUUUCUGGACAUCGUUGCUCGAAUUACGUUGUUAUUCAAGAAUCUUGUAAUGACCAAAUCUUGGAAGUCAGAAUGUGUGAGAUUUCAGUGUCGACUUUUAUGCUUUC